UUUCCUGCAGCAACUGCAUCUGUGGACUUUGGAGCAGGAGCAGCAACAUCAUCCAACCAGCUGUUUGCUCAUGGCUUGCCAUCAUUAGCUCCUGGUUUGAGAAGACACAGGAGACCAAUAGAGCCUGCAAGAGUGGCCAAAGAUGAUUUCUUUAAAAUCAAACUGCCUAGAAUUGCAGAGAGACCUGAAUGGUGGUGGAGGACAUUGGCUUGUGUUCCUUAUUUGAUAUCCCUCCAAAUAUCUGAUGUUGGGUUUUACCUCCAACCGUUUCUUGAAAAGUAUGACACAAUUGGAGACAUGAUAUAUUUCAUCCCGGGAGCUAUAAACAGAUGGCCGACCUGGUUCUUUAUGGUCUACUGCUACUUGGGUUAUAUGUGGGUGGUGAAGAACAAAGAGCUGCCUCAUUACUUGAGGUUUCACAUGAUGAUGGGUAUGCUUCUUGAAACAGCUCUUCAGGUCAUAUGGUGCACGAGCAAUUUCUUCCCGCUGAUUCAUUUCAAAGGAAAGUUUGGGAUGUAUUAUUGGAUGGUCGUCGGAUUCACCUACAUAUGUCUGCUUCUUGAAUGCAUACGGUGCGCUCUUGCUGGUGUCUAUGCUCAGAUUCCUUUCAUGACCGAUGCUGCUUCCAUUCACACCCUCUUCAACUUGGGAGGUUUUCAGAGACCACUCAGGUGAGAAAGGUGAAAAGCUGGUCCUUUUGGUGUUACAUACUUGGAAUAGGAACAAGUCUUAUUCUUUUUCUCCAUAGAAGGUUUUUGUGUCUUAUCGAGUCAGUCUUAUGUGAAAUCAUUUAGCUUAGUGUCAGUGUCCAUGUGUAAAACAGAACUCUCUUACGAGAGUAGCUUGAAUCAAUGAUUUUACAGCAGAAUAAUCUUGUGGUUGGACUUGUCCGUGAUUUUAAUGUAUGUCUAGUUUGGUUAA